AUGCAGUACCCCCCACAAAUGUUCCAGUUCCCCCAACAGAUGCCUGGAAUGCAAUCGAACCCCUAUUUCCAACAAAACCAGAACUACCCUCAAACACAACAGAACGCUCAAUUUUAUUCGAACCAGAUGUACCCUCAGGGCCAACAAACCCAACAGCAACAAGCGAUAGCUACGCCACCACAACAGAAUCCUCAGUUUGCCCAGCAAGUUGCACAACCAAUGAUGCAGCAGGUGCACACCCAAAACCCAAAUACAGCAGCAGUUCGCACUGGAUCAAAAUUCUGUGAUCACUGCGGGAAGUUUGGCCAUACCAUAAGCCAAUGUUGGCACAAACCCAAGCCACAGGGACAGCAGCAACAGAAUUUCCCGUUCCAAAUGGAACCAAAAAACUAA